CUAAAACCAUUGAGUUACUGCAUGUUUCAAACUCGUGUUGACACUUCUCUUUUCAAACUCCCAAAACAAAAAGUGUCAUCAUUUUCCUCUAGCUAGCUUAUCCCUGACAUGGCACCCCAUGGAGAAUCCUUGCCAUGCCCAUUCUCCAGGAACAGCAACAAUGUUAAUAACAUGUCGAAGCCGCCGAGACUGUCCUCGGACCACCACCUUCAACGAACAAUCUCCGACAUCUCCUUCGAGCUAAGCAAAGAAGGGUUAGAUGAUCUGAAGGGUCUGCCACCAAUCUCAGAGGUUGAAGACGCCAAGUGCGAGUGCUGCGGGAUGAGCGAGGAGUGCACGCAGGAGUACAUAGAGCGCGUGAGGGACAAGUUCUUGGGGAAGUGGGUGUGCGGGCUGUGUGCUGAGGCAGUGAAGGAAGAAUUGGGGAAGAAAGGAGGGAAGAAAGAGGAAGCCCUAAACGCACACAUGAGCGCGUGUGUUAGGUUCAACAAGUAUGGUAGGGCUUUUCCUGUUCUGUUUCAAGCUGAGGCCAUGAAGGAGAUGUUGAAGAAGAACAAGUUGGAGGGUAAGGUUAGGGCUAAGUCCAUUAGCCCUAGAGAUCACAAAGCAGGUUCCAACAAACUUGGUGGGAUUGCUCGAAGUUCAAGCUGUAUUCCAGCACUUACCAGAGAGAUUAACGAUCUCACAAUUGCCAAUUAAAAGAUUUUCUGAAUCUGUUAUUGGUAGACUAUCAUCAUCACGACGAACUUAUACACAGACACUGUAAUUUUGUCGUGUCCUGUAUCCUUACGAUUAUUCUCGGUCUUUGUAGCUUCGUAGCACAAUCCUUUUUUUUUUUUUUUUUAGUUUUUGUCUUACUAACUAAUUUAAAUUUUUAACUCUUCCUUACUUAGCUUGAAACCUCCUUUGUUUUAGUCAUAUGGAUAUCUGAAAACGGUUAUCAGGUAUCUGUUUUUUAGGGGAUCAACUAGGGUCGACAUUGCUCAUUCAUUAGGGCUUCAAGUUAAAGGCAACUUGUGAGGGUUUUUUUUUCCUGGUCUGUUCCCUUGAUUAUUAAAAUUGGAGGUUUUUGUAUUCGCCCUUUUGUAUCUCGUGUUUGUAUCAAGUAUAUAUAUUACAUAGUGUAAGUCAUCAUGUACUUAUAAUGAGGAAUAAAGUCUUUUGGCGUUGCCAUAUA